AUGGACAACAAAACUGUCAACAAAGGCAAAGAUUGCCUUCACAAUGUUGGUUAUUUUCUUAAACAAGAUCUAUCUGCUAUUAUGGGGCGAGGAAUGAAGCCGUCAAGGCCUUCUCCAACAAUUUGUCAACUGAUGAAACCCUUAGAAUUAUUAUCAAUUGUUCAUGGUAAAAUCCAUGUGGGCAGACAGUGAGACCACAGACAACAGCUUUAUAGUUAUACAUUAUAUCUAAAUAUGUUUACAUCUUGUAAAUGACAGUAAAUAAAACAAAGGUCCAAGAUUAUACGUCCUGCUUUAUUCUGUAGGAUUUGUAGAUCUGUCAUUAGGGUUUCAUUCCCCCGAUCUCCCCAUACUAUGUCAGCAUGGUCAAGAUUUGGCUGAAUAUAGGAAUUGUAAAAUAAUAUUCUACUAUGUAAAGUGUGUAUGAAAUGAAAAUUUCGAUAUCGGGUUUUUUGCAUUUUCUGAAAAUUUGGCCUUUUCCGAUCAUAAAAAUACCAACCUUGUUGAAAAAUUCGAACCAGAAGUUUGUUAAUUUUAUGAUUAAAGUUCGAUUUUGAGACUAUCUACUGGCAAAAGACUGGUACCUAGAAUUCCGGCCUUGUGACAUAUGCAGUGUGACACGUCCAAGUGUCUGACUAUACGAAAACAACAAAAUAUCACAAACAUCAGACAGUUGCCUUUAUAUUUCGCUAUAAAAAUGUCCGAUAACGAAAGCUUUGAAUCACAGACAGGGUCAACAGAUAAUGAGGACAUCGCUGAGCAAUCGUCUGUUGUUCAGCCAUAUCAAUUUGAGCUAGUUGCAGAUGGUGACUAUAAAAAAAUGUAGCUGUUAAUUCAUGGUAAGUAAAGUUAUAAAAGUAAUAUUACAUUAACCCGUUCCUCGACUAUUUAUUACCCUGUUUCGUCUGAUAAGAGAGCUUAUUUUAAGGUGCUCAUGUGGACAUUGUAGCGACGAAUUAUUGCAGGAUGCUAGAGAAUAUAGAUGCUGUAAGGAAAUUUUGGAGUGCAUUGACAAAUUUAUGUUCGAGGACAAGGACGCAGAAUGCAUCACACAACACUGGGAUUAUGCAGUAAGUUGAAAAUGUUCUCGAGUGUGUAUUUCAUAAUUUCCAUACCCAGCACAAGCAGGAAGACAUUGUCUGCCACGGCUGUGUCUUGAACCAGCAACCUUCGAAUUAAUAGAUCGACGCUCUACCAACUGAGCUACACGGUCAGACAGAUUUAAGACUCAUGGAAAUUAUGAACUAUAUACUGAAUGUCAUAAACAUACUCGUUUAUAUUAAUACAGCAUCGAACCAUACUAGUUCUGCAAGUGUUAUGUUAGCCUAUGUUAUGUUAUUGUUCACUCCGUAAUAUGAUAAUAGUCGUCACCCAUCAAACAGUAGCCUACUAGAGAUGCGGGGGCUUUUCUCUGAUAUAAAGUCAGGAAAAAGUAUCAUAAACCAACAAGCAGAACCCAAGAUAAUUAAAUAUCACUAUUUCUUGUAUAUAUUUGUAUUCUAAAUGAUAUCUUGUAUUCUUUGUUAUUAUAAUUUAUCUUUUUUAUAUGUAUAUAUUAGACAAUAUACUAAUAGGUAAUAUUAAAUAGUGACUUGACUUAGCCUUGGGUAGGCAAAUUUUAUAUAUAUUCCGACCAUACAUAAGUAACUUCUUUACUAUUUGCAAACAUGAAAUUAAUGACUCACUGUUUGAUUAUUUAGAUAUCUUUGAGCAGUUGGAUAGUCAGAUGGUAUUUGGCAUGCUGGGAUGGGAGAAUUCCAGACCACUUCCAGCAUGCAUAGUAAAUCAAUAGAAACUGCAUUGCCUUAUAGGGUUAGUACAGAUGCAAACAAGAUUGCGUGCGAGUGCUUAUGUCAGUCACGUCAGUAGACACGCUAUGUCUGUCGCGCAAAACAUGCACACGUUUCUUGCCGAGGUUUUCUAGAGGCGAGAUAAAUACUAAUCUAAUUCUGGUCUAUUUCGUGUACAAAAACAUGCAACUAGAUGUAAUAGAUUCUCAAUGUGAAAUUAACAAAUAAUUGUGAGUGAACGUAAAUUAUAUAAUGAAGUAGAGCCCAUCAUUAUAAGCAGCUAUAUUAAAGUCCUUUUACCCUAUCGUAUUUUACCACGCUAUAUAUGCAUUUCAAAAUUUGUUUGUUUUGGAAUGGUCAUGCUAUGGCAUAAUGUCAGUAAAUGUAGAUAUUUAGUAUUAAUUUCCAUGUUAUGCUUACACUAGUUACUACAAUGUUUGCCAUAAUUAAUAUCAGCUAUAGCCUAUAUACAUAAUAUGCGGUCUGAGACCUACAACGUAGACAUAGUCCCUUGUCUCAUAGCAUUUUCGGCCGCCUAUAUACGCUACAACUCAUCAUGUUGUAAUGUAUUGUAUCUAUACAUUGAAAGCAAUGUCUACAGAAAGUUGAUUCGUUUCAAUUUUCAUCAAAAUCUCUCAAAAACCCAAUUCUAACCAGAUGAAACUAUAAUUUUAAUAGUGUUUACAUAUCGAAAGGUUGCACUGUGUCACACUGCAUACAUCACUGGCUGCGCGAUUGAAUGUCAGGAAUUUUGCCAGUAGAUAUAGUCUCAAAAUCGAACUUUAAUCAUAAAAUUAACAAACUUGUGGUUCGAAUUUUUCAACAAGGUUGGUAUUUUUAUGAUCGAAAAAGACCACAUUGAAAAUUCCUGAAAGAAAAUGCAAAAAACCCAGUAUCGAAAUUUUCAUUUCAUAUGCACUGUAACGGUAAAUAGUCUUUAAUACAUUUAAGCAGUCCCAACUUCGUGUUAAUUUUAGAUUUAACAAAUUCAAUAUGAUCAUGCCAUGUCAGGUUAUUAUUUAUCAUUACGCCAAGAUACUUAUACUACUGUACUUCUUCCAGGGGCACAUUCCACACGGAAUGGCAAUAAAAAUCCUCUUCUUUUGACCUCAAAGUGGAGAGUAUUUCGAUACAAAUAGGUAAAUCUGUCAACAGGACAACAGCAUUAUGGCGACGACAGUCAUGACACAAUUAUGGUGCAAGCAUAAUAAAGUGGCAAUUUCCAAUCUCUCAAAAUUUACAUUUUACUCUGAAAAUGGCUCUGCUGUCCAAACUUUUUAAACAUGACGUCAAAAUACAUAGGACCCAGCAGUAAUAGUUUCUUUUCUUUUCAAAUUUAUCAUGCUGAGAAUAGUUUGCAUAUAAUUAUAAGCAUCUACGAAACAUGUGAAUAAGACAGUGAAUUUAAAUAUAUGCAUGAAAUAUGUACAUAAUUUUAAUUAAUUAUUCAUAAAACAGUUGGAAAUGCAGUCGCUGACUGUUGCUCUGUUAGAUUUUCAAAAAUAAAUAGUCAAAUCGUUGAUGAUUUUGUGAAGCUAAACGGCAUUCGUACAGCCGGCUCAGUUUGGUACUGCUCUAAACUACUAAAGCUUGCAGACAGUACAGUCCUGGCAUUGCAUUCUAAGGACUUCUAAAUAAAAAAAACUUGAACAUGUUACAUAUUGUGAAUACGAUUAAAAACCAGCUGGCAUAAUAUUUUAUUUAAAAACAAACAAGUAACACAAUUUUCAAAUUCAUUUUUACAACAAGUUAUGUUUGUAGUGCAUGUAGAUCAACUUACACAAACAUAAUGUAGAUACAUCAAAUUAUUAUCAUUACGAUUGUGUGCUCCAUGCUUGCAGAUAAUACAAGUUUGCUGCAACAGUUGCAAACUAUUUUGAGUACAAUUAUUAUAAUCCUUUAUCUUCAAGAUGUUAUGGCAGUGGUCAAUCGCUAAGAGGUUGGGAACGCAACAGACUAGCUUUAUCAUUUGAGACAAGAGCAUCUGCAAAGCAAAAGUCGCGUGCUGGUGGGAUUGUAACAUGGGACACAGAGGUGCUUAAAGAAGUAAACUCGUAUGACAGUGAGAGAGCAGUAAACUGGUCCGAGCUAGCAAGAAAAUAUCAUGUGAAGAAAGCGAAUGGAGAACAUGCCAAGAAUGGUGGCCAAAUCAUCAGGAAGGAAAUGGUAGUGAAGAAGGAAGAAUUAACUGUGGAAGGCAGAAAGGUGCCACUGGCAGAGAUUAG